UUCCGCUCUCCGUAGAGGAAUUUGUUGACGGCAUUACGUCACUCAUCCCGGUUGCCUGCCAGCGGCAAAAAAAAAAAAAGCAGCUCGGUCCAAGAGGAGGACUGCGGUUUCUUUUCUUUUUUCUUCCUGCGGAGAGUUAAAGAGAUUUGUGUGUUUUUUUUCCUUUUUUUUUCUUCUUUUGGUUCGUCCUGUCGUAUUCCGAGUUUGUAGUCCUGAGAAGACGACGCUGAAGAAUGAAAAGUGUGUGAAGGUUUUUUUUUAAAAGAAGUCGACGACGCGCUCAAGAGGAGAGAUGGAGGAACCAGAAGGUACAAAUGGGUGUUACUGUGUGGGCUGUAGCGGAACAAUUCAAGACUCCUUUCACAUUAAAAUCCUCCAGGACACCUGGCACAACGCCUGCUUCCAGUGUUCUGUGUGCUGCGAUCACCUGACAAACUGGUACUAUGAGAAGGAUGGCAAGCUGUACUGUCGCAAACACUACUGGGAGAAGUUUGGAGAGCUGUGUCACGGCUGCUCUCUGCUCAUGACUGGACCUGCCAUGGUGGCCGAAGAACACAAGUAUCACCCCGAGUGCUUCGUGUGUCUGAGCUGCAAGGUGGUGAUCGAAGACAGGGAUACCUACGCCUUGGUGGAGCGAUCCAAACUCUAUUGUGGGAAGUGCUACAAGCAGGUGGUCCUCACGCCCAUGUUGGAAAAACGCUCGCACGACUCGGUCCUCGACUCCCUGCCUCACACAGUCACCCUCAUCUCGAUGCCCUCUGCGGCCAACGGAAAGAGAGGCCUCUCCGUCUCAGUGCUCAGGGACGUCAACGGCUCGGCCAGUGUUCUAGUCAAAGAGGUCAGAGGGAUGCUUAUUAGUCCGGAGGUGAGGAAUGCCAUCCAUGUGGGCGACAGGAUCCUGGAGAUCAAUGGCCUUCCUGUCGGGACACUUAUGGAGGAGGAGGUGGACGAUCUUAUUCACCGCACCAGCCACACGCUUCAGCUGCUGAUCGAGUAUGACCCCAUCAGGCAGCGCUUGGAUCGCCUCAGGCUGGGAUCCCCGAGAAGCUGCCUGGGAGUUCCCGCCACCUCCCGCAUGCGUCUGUCCUCGCCGUCUGACGCGGUCCUGGAGAGAACCGACGUGGUCGAGGAAGGCACGCUGAAGAGGCGGUCUUUGAGGCGCAGUAACAGCAUCUGCAAGUCACCGGGGCCGAACUCUCCCAAAGAGAUGCCUCUGAUCUCACGAGACAUCGGGCGCUCUGAGUCUUUAAGAUCCUCCAACAGCUGCUCUCAUCGCAUUUUCCGCCCGUGCGACCUCAUCCACGGGGAGAUCUUAGGAAAAGGCUUCUUCGGACAGGCGAUCAAGGUGACUCAUAAAGCCACAGGAGAGGUGAUGGUGAUGAAGCAGCUGAUCCGCUGUGAUGAGGAGACACAGAAGACUUUCCUGAAGGAGGUCAAAGUGAUGCGGUGCCUCGACCAUCCACACGUCCUGAGGUUCAUCGGCGUGCUGUACAAGGACAAGAGGCUGAAUCUGAUCACCGAGUUCAUCGAGGGAGGCACCCUGAAGGAUUUCAUCAGAGACACGGACCCGUUUCCAUGGGAGCAAAGAGUGAGCUUUGCGAAGAGCAUCGCUUCUGGCAUGGCCUACCUUCACUCAAUGAGCAUCAUACACAGAGACCUCAACUCUCACAACUGCCUGGUCAAACUGGACAACACAGUGGUCGUUGCCGACUUCGGCCUGUCCCGACUCAUCGUGGAGGACAAAGUGAAGCCUCCACCAGAAAAACCGUCCAACAAGAAGAGGGUGCUCAGACGCAUCGACAGAAAGAAGCGCUACACCGUGGUGGGAAACCCGUACUGGAUGGCUCCAGAGAUGCUGAAUGGGAAACGCUAUGACGAGAAGGUGGACAUUUUCUCCUUUGGGAUUGUUCUUUGUGAGAUCAUUGGAAAGGUCUAUGCAGACCCAGAGUGCCUCCCCAGGACUAUGGACUACGGUCUGAAUGUGGUCAAGUUUGUGGAGAAGUUUCUCCCUGAAGACUGUCCUCCAGCUUUCUUUCCUCUGACUGUGGCGUGCUGCGACCUCACACCAGACAACCG